AUGCUUCUACUCAAUGCGCAGUCCUUGAAGCUUGUGGAAUUCGUCGGUCAGACUCCGCCUUACGCCAUCCUUUCGCAUGUCUGGGAAGAACAAGAGGUCACCCUUGACGAUCUAAGACUUUCCAGAUAUGUGGCUGAAAGCAGGCGAGGGUAUCCCAAGAUCCAAAAUGCGUGUGCACAAGCGCUCAAGUGCGGACUGUCCUAUAUUUGGAUUGACACAUGCUGCAUCGACAAGAGCAGCAGCGCAGAGUUGUCCGAGGCUAUCAACUCCAUGUUUCGGUGGUACCAGGAGUCGGCUGUUUGCUUCGCCUUCCUCGCUGACGUUUCGGCCGUCGAUGACAUAGGCCAGGACGAUUCGGAAUUCUCACGAAGCCGUUGGUUCACCCGGGGCUGGACGUUGCAAGAGCUUCUGGCUCCUGAGCAUUUACAGUUCAUGUCCAAGAGUUGGACCGAGUUAGGGACGAAAGCCUCACUUUCAACUUAUCUGACCAAGAUCACUUCUAUCGACAAGGACUAUCUAAACGGUGAAGAUCUAGGCACUGCUAGCAUUGCGCACCGCAUGUCGUGGGCGUCGCGGCGAGCCACCACAAGACUGGAGGACAUGGCCUAUUGCUUAUUGGGCAUUUUCGAUAUACACAUGCCGCUCAUCUACGGCGAAGGGAUCAAGGCCUUCCGGCGACUGCAAGAGGAGAUCUUGAAAGACACAACGGAUGAGUCUAUCUUUGCAUGGUGGCGAGACGAUGACAGCGCUAAUCAGGGGCCAAAUGGUAGAUUGGGCGGUAGUACAAUACCAGGCGCCUGCGGUAUUCUGGCUCAGUCACCAUCGGAUUUUGCGUUCUCGGCGAACAUCAUACCUUGGAGAGCCAGAGACGAUCAACCGUGUGUAGUAUCGAGUAAUGCGAUCCAGUUGACGUCCUACAGGCAUGGAACUGCCAUGCUUCAGUGCAGGGACAGGCUCGAUCCGGGUCGCAGAAUAUACAUUCCUCUCUCUCGCUUUAUGAAUACAGAACAAUUUUUCCGAGCAGGGCCCGGGCCACCCGACUAUAUACAUCCAUGGCAGGUUGAACCGAUCACGGUGGGCCGCGUGCAAGUAAUGAAAGACAGGCCCCGGCGGAGGCAUCGCCAGGCUGCUUCAUUUCAUGUAAUGCUCCCGGUGGCCGCUUUCAGUCCCAUCGUACGGAUCGGGGACGUCACAGGCAGCAACUUCAUCUGGGAGGACAAAACUUGUGGGCUGAGGCGGGAGACUGCCGGAAUACCUUUUAUUGUCCGCGUUUCCUUGCACGUUGGGGGCGGGGAUGCUUACAGACUUGCACUCUGGUUGCUCGCCUGGAGUAAGUGGGAGUUCAAGUUGGACUACGUCGCCCUAACUCCACAUGGAGAUACCUUCGAAUUCGACAACGGAACCCCAGGACGCAUCGCUGGCUCGUCCCAUCACGCGGCACCAAGACACAUUACUGACCGGUCAAAACCUGGUUAUAUUGUCAACGUGAGAGACUCAACAUACAUUGACACUUCGCGUUUCAAUCACACGCGUUUUGGGGGUACAGUGCAGAAAGAGCUGUCGCCGACAGGCAACAGUUUGUACAUCAUCUGGGUUACGAUGGAUGUGGACUUGCUCUCCAUGGGACCACUUUUGGAAGAUGUGACUGGAAAAGGAUCAUCGAGGCGCCUGGGAAAAGUCAGAGAUUGGUUCUCAGCUUGA